AUGGACUUCAAUCCAGACAAUGACAGAAUAAAUGACAGCAUCAUUGAUCACAUAAAAACGUGUUUUUCUUGUGCUCUUCACCACUACAAAAACAAUGUUGCUGGCAUUAUUGAGGGAAUUGGGGCUAUUGUGCCAUACAGCUUUAGGGAUCACACUAAGUAUAGACACUGGUGUAAACAUAGCAAAGACCAAAAAGGUGAAAAAGUUGUGCAGUGGAAAAUUAAGGAAAUUUCUCAACAGCUUGUUGUAGCCUUUUAUGCUGGAUGACGUCGCAACGAAACUGGCCCCCCUUGGAUUGACAUCAAUAGCAUUGUGGGAACAAAGAACUCAAAGAAACGAUUUUACAGAGGACCAGAGAGUGGUGACUACCGUGUGUCAGCAGCAGUUGCCCAGUUCAAUGAAGGACAUGAAUAUAUGA